AUGCCACCACCAACCCAUUUCGAAGUUGCUAUUUCCUCUGUUGAGCGCCUGGUUAAGGAGGAACAGUCCUAUCACCGCGAGAUCCAGCAACAGACGGACAAAAUCAAGAAGCUUGAAACCGAAAAGUCGGAAGACGAGAACCGGGAGUACUUGCUCAAGCAGGAGCGUCUUGCUCUCGAAGAAACAAAGAAGGUCCUACCUACUUUGAAACAUAAGAUCGAUGAGGCGGUAGCAAAGCUUGAGAAAGCUCUGGAGGAGGAGGGAAAGAGAGGAUCAGAGAGCAACGUGAAACACAUCACUGCUGCCAAAGAGGCAAUUGCAAAGGCGAAGACGGCAAAGAGAGAAAUUGCCUAG